GUGAGGGGGCAGGACUUCCUUACUGGUUGCUAAGACACUCUUGUUUCGCUCCUUGACAACCCUGGCGGGGGUGCUCUGGCUGUGGCCCUGGCUCUGGCCCCCGCGGGAGCAGCGCCCUCGGGGAACCACGUUUUCCUCGCUCCGAGCUGGCAGGGCCGGCUUCCCGAGGCUCUGAGUGUCCCCUGCCAGCCCCAGCGCCUCCGCCAAGCCCCCCCGCCCUCCCAGUGGCCACAGUGGAAGGAUCAUGGGGGAAACCGAAGGGAAGAAAGACGAGGCCGAUUAUAAGCGACUGCAGACCUUCCCUCUGGUCAGGCACUCGGACAUGCCAGAGGAGAUGCGAGUGGAGACCAUGGAGCUCUGUGUCACAGCCUGUGAGAAGUUCUCCAACAACAACGAGAGCGCCGCCCGGAUGAUCAAGGAGGCCAUGGACAAGAAGUUCGGCUCCUCCUGGCACGUGGUGAUCGGCGAGGGCUUCGGCUUGGAGAUCACACACGAGGUGAAGAACCUGCUGUACCUGUACUUCGGGGGCACCCUGGCCGUGUGCGUGUGGAAGUGCUCCUGACGCCCCGCGCGCGCCCUGCUUCUCCUGGGGGAGCCGCGCUCUCGUCCUUUCGUCUUGCGUGCGGGCUUCCCAGGCCGCGCCCCGGGUGUGAGUCCGCGGGCGGCUCUACUCCCAGGCUGCAGCCCUCUGAGGCCCAGGGGAGGGGGGGAGAUGGGGCUUUCCUCCCGCCGACCUGCCAGUGGCCCGCUCCCCUCACACCCUGGGGUCCCCGGCACUGCCGGCUCUCGAGGACACGGGCAGCUUCUCCUCUCGUCUCUGGGGAUGUGGUGACCGAGCCCUCCCAGCCCCGCCCGGGCUGAGCAAGGCACCCACCGCGUCUCCCGGACCAGCAGUGCCGCAGCCCCCGGCCUCGGCACCCUCCCUCCCCGUGCACCGCCUGGAGCGCACAGCUGUGAGCCGGGGCCGGGGCUGGGGCCGGUGCGCGCAACUGCCCCAGCCGCUCUCGGCGUCACCGAGCCCCCGUGAGACGCCUGGCCAGGAGGCAGCUUCGGCAGGGACAGCUGGCCGUCAGGGACCACUCGCUCGUUUGUACUUCUCGUCUCCACCGGGUUUUCUAGAUUCUUUUGAGUGUGGGGAGAAGGGUUUUAGUAGAGGGUGAACCGUAUUUUACACAGCGGUCUUAUUUAUAUACAUGUCUUGGUUUUUACAAUUAAAAUGACCAAAAACGGACCUCUA